AUGUGGGGGGAGGCAGGCAUCCUGGGGGUCAGCAUCAUCCAGCCCCCACUGCAGUGCUACAUCGACGGGGCUCUGAGCAACAACUUGCCCCUCGAGGACCCUGACUCCACCAUCACUGUGUCUCCCUUCCACGGGACCAUGGACGUCUGUCCCCGGAGCACGUCGGCCAGCCUGCAUGAGCUGAACGCCUUCAGUGCCAACUUCCAGAUCUCCACCAAGGACUUCUACCUGGGGGUCAUCUCCCUCUUCCCCCCCAAGCCUGAGGUAGUGGCCGACCACUGCAGACAAGGCUACCCGGAUGCCCUGAGGUUCCUGGAGCGGUGCAGACUCACCAAGGAGCCAGUGCUGUGAACUUUGGUGCCUGAGGAGCCCAUGUCCCCAGCUGUUGGGACCCAGGAUGCCGGCCAUGACCAAGACGAGAAGACAGGCCUGGCUCUGAACUGGGCAGUGCCCAAUGUGGUGGUCAAGGACACGCCCAACUUUGAGCAGCUUUCACCGGAGCUGGAGUCCGCAAUGAGGAGAGCAUGUGAGGGGGACCUCAGCAUCUGGACCUGCUUCUCCCAGUCACGACCAGUGUGGGUGCUGAAGUACCUGUUGCUACCCUGCACACUGCCCUUUGAGUAUGUCUACUUCCACAGCAGAAGGGUUGUGGCCUGGCUGCCCAAAAUGCCUGUGGACCUAGGCUGGCUGUGGGGCCUGCUGAGAAUCUGGGCCCUCGACUUCUAUCCCAGGAUGAAGGCCUGGCUCAGGCCAGUCAGGUCCCUGGAAGUGGGGCCCCUCCAGCCUGGAGGAGCUCCUCCUGCAGCAUCGACCCUAGAGCCUCUGGAUGCCCAUCGGGCCUGA